CUGAAACCGCAAAUUCUCCAGCUACAUUACAAUACCUUGCCCCUUAUACAGGAGCUGCUCUGGCUGAAUAUUUUAUGUACCGUAAACGUUACACUUUAAUCAUUUAUGACGAUCCCUCCAAAUAAGCACAUGCUUAUCGCCAAAUGUCUCUUCUAUUACGAAGACCAGCAGGUCGCGAAGCUUACCCCUGAGAUGUUUUUUAUUUACAUUUGCGUCUUUUGGAAAGAGCCGCUAAAUUAAGUUCUCAGUUAGGUGAAGGAAGUAUGACUGCUUUACCGAUAGUUGAGACCCAAUCAGGAGAUGUUUCAGCUUAUAUUCCUACUAAUGUAAUUUCCAUUACAGAUGGCCAAAUAUUUUUAUCUGCCGAUUUAUUCAAUGCUGGAAUAAGACCUGCGAUUAAUGUAGGUAUUUCCGUUUCCAGAGUUGGAUCGGCGGCUCAAAUAAAAGCAAUGAAACAAGUCGCUGGUAAAUUAAAAUUGGAAUUGGCACAAUUCGCCGAAUUAGAAGCUUUUGCACAAUUUGCUUCUGAUCUUGAUAAAGCUACCCAAAAUCAAUUGGCAAGAGGUCAGCGAUUGCGCGAGUUGCUGAAACAAUCCCAAUCAGUCCCUCUCACUGUGGAAGAACAUAUAAUAACUAUUUAUACUAGAACGAAUGGUUAUCUUGAUUCAUUAGAAAUUGAACAGGUAAGGAAAUUUCUUGUUGAGUUACGAGCAUAUUAAAAAAUGAAUAAACCCAAAUUCAAUGAAAUAAUAUGUUCUACCAAGACAUUCACUGGGGAAGCAGAAACCCUUUUGAAGGAAGCUAUUCAGGAACAGACGGAACUUUUUUUACUUCAGGAACAAG